ACAGCUGUAGGAAAGAGUGCGCCGACAAAAUCUAAAUACAAUCUCGAUUAAUUUUCCCCCACUGAACAUGUAUCGCUCGCAGUAUGUCACAUCAAGAUCUAAAACUCCUCGAGUUAGAUCAGUGGGAUUGCCGUUAAAAUCUGUUCCUGAAGAACAGGUUACAUAUGUCUCAGCAGUGAUGAUUCAUCUCUCUACAAACACGAGCCGAGAAACAAAUCCAGAUAAGAUGCCUGGCUCACAAAAAAGCCCUCAACAGAAAGGAAACAACACGUCAGUCACCACUCUGCAGAAAAGUACUUCCGGAGACACCUUGUCUUCGUCAGUAUCGAGCCAAGUGACUAAAAAGCCCGUGGAGGGUACACCUAGGACCUCGACGCCGGAAAAGCAUGACUCCUUGAGUCCGCGAGGUCGACAACAAAACAUCAGCGGGUUUCAAAACGAGACUUUGUUUCCGAAUAGGGAAAGCUGUGAAGUUCGAAGAAAACCUUUUCAUGAAACCAUGGCCACCGAUGGCGUAAAUUCUACACUACAUCAAUUUGUAAACAACGAGAAAAUGGUUCUCUCUCCAUCGGAGUUUCCAACCCUGAACUCGCGCCAUGACAGCCCUCUUAAGAAUCAUUGGUACGUCGAUAUUAUCCAGCGGCUGGAGGACUUAAGUUGGAGUUAUCAGACAAUGGAGGUGGAGUAUGCUUUUCUGGAGAAGCUCAUGGCAGAACAAAAAGAGGAUCUGAAAAAAGCACAAAGCUGGAACAAUCGUUUUAGAAAUCAACAAAGAGCGAAGAUUGUCCACUAAUGGCGGAUGAUCGGUGAACUUUCUGACAAACUUUUUAGUCAGUUUGUAGUACUUUCUCUAAACAUUUUGGUAUUCUCUAGUGGACAAGACCUUUGCAUGGCUUCUGAUGCAAUCGCAAAUACGAGAUAUAAGCCUUCGAAUAUCGAUCGCCAACGCAUCUUCAACGUACUUAUGUUGUAUUCAACUAUACGGAACAUCCAAUCAGUAUUUUUCAGAGAGGUGUCAAAAAUGUGUAGGGAACUCGGCUUUGGAAAUGAUUUAUCUACAUCUAUACACAUAGAGCUGUUGAAUCAAGAGUUCUGGCAAGAUAAAAGUUCUCCUUGUGAAAAUUUAAAUUCUAGAGUAAAAGGCUUUUCAGAAGAUGGGACUAAUUUAAAUUUUCGCCUUUUUUCACGUUUCUGAGGAAAGACCUCUGGUUCGAGCUUUAGAUAAGGAUAAGUAACGACGAUCCUAUGAAAAUGUAAAAAACUUUUUUUGAGAAAAAAGUUUCUCGGUUCUUCCAAAAAGAAGACUCUUCCCAUCUAUUAAAGAUAAUAAAAUCAAACGUUGGUAACUACCAUUUCAGAGGGGUGAGAUGAUUAAAGCUUCACCAUUUUUAAAUUCCUCCAAGGAAACGAUUGAUUUAUUGAUUAAUAGGAGGUUUCUCAGGUGUCAUCGUAUCUCUCAUCGGCUGAAGUCGCUGGGGAUUUCGGUUUGCGCCCAUGUCGCACCAUUUGUGUAGUCUUUUGCUUUCUUCGAACUUCUUCUCUUUUCUUUUAUACGCAUUUUUAUUUAGACUUUUCACUAAAUCAUGAUUUUGCUUUUCGCAAGAAUAGUAUCAUUUGUAAGCAGCCACCUCGAAUAAGCGCCUAGAGAGAGUUAAUGAGAGCCCGGCGGCUUCGAAUAAGCGGAAACUGAAAUGUAUCAGGGGAGGAUUAUAAUUUCUUUACUGGUUUACAAACUCUAAAUUCACUCCCCUAUGGUACAUCGUCACCUUUUGUUAUCAGUUAUUGUUUAGUUGCCAAAUAAACUAACUACUUGCUAAAAGUGGUGAAAAUUGAAGAAGCGCUUAGCCACGAAUAAGGGCAGUAAGCGCCCACAUCAGAUAAACGUCCCAACU